AAGAAAUUUCCAUUGAGUUUGGCAGUGGCCGGAAGGAAAUUUUCACUACGGUAUCGUCUGUGUACACAUGCAUUUCCCAAGCUCUUUAAAUCUUUAGAAACUAGCAAAUCAAGAUACAAGAUAGUGUUCUCAAUUUCGAAUAUGGCUUCUUCUUCUUCAUCUUCAUCUAGUACUGCCUGGGUGUAUGAUGUUUUUUUGAGUUUUAGAGGAGAAACACGAAAAUCCUUUACUGAUCAUUUAUAUGAAGAUUUGCGUCAGGCUGGAAUUAACACAUUUCGAGAUGAUGAAGAAAUCCGUAAAGGUGAGAACAUAUCUGAUGAGAUAUUGAAGGCCAUCGAGGGGUCCAAGAUAUCCAUCAUCCUAUUUUCCAAAACAUAUGCCCAAUCCAGAUGGUGUCUUGAUGAACUGGUGAAGAUUCUAGACUGUAAGAAAAAUUUGCAACAGAUGGUUCUGCCUAUAUUCUAUAACGUUGAUCCUUCAGAGGUUCGUAAACAAACAGGUGAAUUUGGUAAGGCGUUGACUCAACAUCGACAACGAUUUGAUGAUCAAAAAGUUGAUGAGUGGAAAGUUGCACUCACUACUGUUGCUGAUUUGUCCGGUUGGGAUUUGCAAACCAUGACAAACGGGUAUGAAUCUAAGUUCAUCAAAAAAAUUACUGAAGAGGUAAUGCGGGAAGUGAAUCGUACAUACAUUAAUGUUGCAAAGUAUCCCGUUGGAAUUGAAUCUCGUGUGAGUGAUAUACUUCAUUUAUUGUAAACUCAAAAACAUAAUGAUAUCAAGAUGUUUGGAAUUUUUGGCAUGGGUGGUGUGGGAAAAACAACCCUUGCCAAAGCCAUUUACAACUUGAGUUUUCAAAAGUUUAAAAGUUGUUGCUUUAUCGCAAACAUUAGAUCACAAGCUUCGGAUGGGUACAAUGGUUUAGUUCGUCUACAA